GGCCCCCGGGCUGGGCACGGCGCUCGCUGCCGCCGCCGUUCCCCCGCCGUGGCUUUGUACCCACGCCCCUCUCCUUGUGUGUGUCUGUUUGUGUAGGUGUGUAGGUGUGCGUGUAUUUUCCCUCUCCCGCUGCGGUAACGCCGCCGCACCUUGCCCGCCGGGCUCCCACCGGGCUGAGGAUCCGCCGCUGCCCUCCUCCUCCUCCUGCCUCACCUUCGACCAGGUGACUUGUCUUUCAGUCCUCAUCGUGGUAUUUUUUCCUCGGUGUUUGAGCUGGCUUUUCCACCUGUAUUGCUGGUAGCGGGCGAAGGGCAGCUUUCAGUGAUUUGACCUGUUGGGCAGCUGUUUUCUGAGUGACACUGGAGACAUGCCAGCCACCUGAGGUGAAUCAAGCAGUGGCAGGGACAGGGCCUACCCGGGUUGAAGUUUUAAUCCCAGGCACGUGGCAUUUGCUCGAGUCAUCACUGAUUGUGGAAUCUGUUAUUGUUCAGCCUAUUUUCUUCAUGAAACAAUUACUGAGUUACCUAAGUGCUGUAAAUACUGCGGCAGGGUGUGACUUCAGUCAGCUGUGACCUCAGUUCAGUUGUUUCUCCCAGUAAGCGACAGUGAGAAUGAAUGGACACAUAUCAAACACCCCUCCUGGUGGAUAUGGAAGUUAUUUUCCCCAAAUGAAUGGCUAUGGCUCCCCAACAUUUGCUCAGGCAGAGAGGGAGCAGAACUCGAGAACAAGUGCAAAAGCUCUUUAUGGAACAGAUGGACUUUACUUCUUCAGAUCAUCAUCCAAACAAAAAAAGAAAGAACAAAGAAAGAGUUAUGCACGGGACAGUGCCAGCAGCAUAUCCGAAACAUCACAGUAUCACGUAGAGCACUUGACCACGUUUGUUCUGGACCGAAAAGAGGCAAUGAUUACAGUAGAUGAUGGAAUAAGAAAGCUGAAAUUGUUGGACGCCAAAGGCAAAGUGUGGACUCAAGAUAUGAUUCUUCAAGUGGAUGACAAAGCUGUCAGUUUGGUGGACUUGGAAUCAAAGAAUGAACUGGAGAAUUUUCCUUUAAGCACAAUUCAGCAUUGCCAAGCUGUGAUGAAUGCAUGCAAUUACAAUUCAAUUCUUGCAUUAGUAUGUAAAGAACCAACCCAAAACAAACCUGAUUUGCAUCUUUUCCAAUGUGAUGAAAUUAAGGCUAGCUUUAUUCACGAAGAUAUUGAAAGUGCAAUCAGUGACAGCAAAAGUGGGAAACAAAAGAAGAGGCUUGAAACACUGAGAAUGAUCUCCAAAGCUGACAGUGCCAUCCCUCCUCCGCCACGGGCACCGGCCCCAGUGCCCCCGGGGACCAUCACGCAGGUGGACGUGAGGAGCCGCGUGGCAGCGUGGUCUGCGUGGGCUGCUGAGCAGGGCGACUUUGAAAAACACAGACAAUACCAUGAACAUGAAGAAACAGCAGAGAUGAUGGCAGCCAGGAUUGACAGAGAUGUUCAAAUUCUGAACCAUAUUUUGGAUGACAUAGAGUAUUUUGUUACCAAACUUCAAAAAGCUGCUGAAGCAUUUGCUGAACUUUCAAAGAGGAAGAAAACUAAGAAAAGUAAAAAGAAAGGACCUGGAGAGGGAGUUCUCACUCUCCGUGCAAAACCACCACCUCCAGAUGAAUUUGUUGAUUGUUUCCAAAAAUUCAAGCAUGGCUUCAAUCUUCUGGCUAAAUUGAAGUUCCAUAUCCAGAAUCCUAGUGCAGCUGAUCUGGUUCAUUUUCUCUUUACCCCACUACAAAUGGUGGUACAGACAACAGGAGGUCCAGAGCUUGCUGGUACAGUACUCAGCCCCCUCCUAACAAAAGAUACCAUAGACUUCCUGCGAUAUACUGUCACCAGCGAGGAAGGACAGUUAUGGAUGUCGUUGGGUGACACGUGGACCAAAGCCAGAGCUGAUUGGCCCAAAGACCAUUUUAUUCCUCCUUAUGUCCCCCGUUUCCGAAAUGGUUGGGAACCUCCUUUGCUGAACUUCAUGGGAGCUCCGAAGGAACAGGAACUCAACCAUUUGGCUGAGUCUGUGGCAAACGUUGCAGAGCAACAGCGGAAGCAAGAGAUGAAAAGGAUGUCAGCUGAGCCUCCCGGUGUUCCUGACUACCCUCCAUCAGAUGGGUAUGCAUUCAGUAACACAGUUUACAAAAGAGGGCCUCUGCUGGACCAGGGGGCAGCUGUUGCUGCCUUUAAGCAAACUGUUAGCCGACAUGUAGAUAGAAACUAUGAAGCACACAAUAAAACACAGAGCAAGAAAUAUGCCAAAUGCAAGUAUGAAUUUAUGGCAAGAAACAACAGCGAGCUUUCCGUCAUGAAAGAAGAGAUCGUAGAGAUUCUGGAUGACAGAAAACAGUGGUGGAAGGUUCAGAACAGGAGUGGCAGCACAGGCUUUGUGCCAAACAAUAUUUUGGACCCUCUGAGGAAUCAAGAAGGUGGUCAAGGAUGGCCGGAGCCUGCGUAUACUCGCACCAUCCAGAAACAAAGGACAGACUAUGUAGGAAAACAAUCUGAUCCAGUUCCUGCUACUCCUUCACCACCUCCCACACCUGCUCCUGUCCCCGUGGCUGUCCCUCUUCCUCCCAGUGCACCAGCACCUAUUCCAGUUCCUGUGCCCAAAGCGCCAGCAGCCGUCAGCCGCCAAAGCAGCACCUCCAGCGACAGCGGUGGGAGUGUUGCACGAGACACUCAGAGGCAGAAGCAAAUUCCUGUGGAUCGCAGGAAAUCGCAGAUGGAGGAGGUGCAGGAUGAACUUGUUCACCGCCUCACCAUCGGCCGGAGUGCUGCCCAGAGGAAGUUCCAUGUGCCACGACCCAACAUCCCGGUGGUUAACAUCACUUAUGACUCCUCCCCUGAGGAUGUGAAAGCGUGGUUGCAGUCCAAAGGAUUCAACCCUGUGACUGUCAACAGCCUUGGUGUGCUGACAGGUGCUCAGCUUUUCUCCCUCAACAAGGAGGAACUGAGGACUGUUUGCCCAGAAGGGUCGAGAGUCUACAGCCAAAUUACGGUACAGAAGUCUGCCUUGGAGGCAAACAGUGGUAGUUCAGAACUGCAAGAAAUUAUGAGAAGACGACAGGAAAAGAUCAGUGCAGCUGCCACAGAUUCAGGUGUGGAGUCCUUUGAUGAAGGGAGCAGCCACUAAAUGUGUUUCCUCUUUUCUUUAAUUCCAUUGUCCAUAGAAUCAUACCAUCCAGCUUUGCUUUAGGAAGCAGUGAAGGGGAAUGUCUUACUAUAUUGUAACUUAACUAGCCAACAUAAAGAAAAUUUACAGUAAUCUCCACAGAAGUACCUACUGCUGCCUUCUCAUCAUGAAAAAUAAACAGAUAAGAAAUUCAGUGGAGCUUCCUGGCAGGUGAAAAUAUUGGUACAUGAUUCAUUCACACCCAAAGAUGAGUCUUGGCUUUAUGGAAUUAACAUGACAGAUAAAUUGUCACACAUCUUUGUGAUUCAUCUGAGGGAAGCUGAGCCAGCAAUAAAAAAGCAUUUGACCCCUUCAGUAAUUAUAAGAUUCUGAAUCCCAUCUCUUGCUGUAGUGUGCAAUUAUGUCUUUUUGGCUCAGUCUUUCUUGUCAUGCAUUUGGCUGCAGGACAUUUACUUAAGUUGUCGAUGCUGGCAAUUGGAGAGGAAAUGUUUAGAGAAUGAACAGCAGCCCAACAUAGACUGAAUCUUUCUUGCAUCACUCCCAAGGUGUUUUACUACUAAUGAUGCUGUUUAUAGCAAAAUAAUACUCUGUACAUUGAUUUUAUCAAUGCUUCACCCAUGAUGAACUAUAAUAUUGCACAGAAGGAAUAACUAGAAUAUAGUAACACAGCUCAAAGAGAUGAUGAGGUCUGCUGUAGCUGGCCAUGCAACAACUCACAGUACUUUUUUUUAAAUAUACUUGCAUUUUUUUUUGCCUGUAACUUAACCCAUCAAAAGAACAGUGUGUAAUCUAGACUCCUCUGUGUGUUGAUCCCAGAUAUCAGUUUUUUUCCUUAUGUAAAAAACUAUUAUUCCUUUAUAAAUGUAAUCUUUUGGGAAAGCAGAUUCCUGGAGGCAAAAGGGGGAAAAGAAGAGGAAACAUCUUUUCCAGAAAAUGUUAUUUUUGAAAUGAAAUCAUUUUUGUCACAAAAUGUUCUGUUAUGGUCAUGUGAUUUUAUAUAUAAUAUAUUUAUUAUAUAUAAUAUAUAAUAUCACCUAAUUUAGACAAAUUUAAUCAUCUAGUUUGAUUGAGUUUCAUAGUGCCUUUUUCACACGAAUCAGCUUAAAGUCUGCAAUAAACAGUAUUUCUUGUCUGUUAAAUUGUUGUAUCUUUGUGGCUACAAAGACAGUAUUGAAAUAAGAAAGAAAUCUUGAUUUUUGCCAUUAGUUUACUUUUCCUCUGCAUACUAGGGAAGAAAAGAAUCCUAUUCAUUUUUCACAAAAGAAAAUAUUAAAUUCUUAAUAAAGUUGUUAAGUGCCAUUUAUUGUAAAUGCCCUCACAAA